UACUUAUGUAUAAAAUUUCUUUUAAUCUUCAGACUGGAAGAAUGGGAAAGUACAAGAAAUUGUCGUCAUCUUAUUUCAAAUUUGUCAACCCGCUCAUCAUAGCCAUGGUUGGAGCUGCGAUGUAUCUCAUGGUGAUGGCAUGGCUAGAUCCUAAAGGAGUUUCUCCAGUGUUCUUUGGUCGAGUUGCAGAGUUUAUUUCAUGGGUCGGCACAGAAAAUAAUGACCUAAUGAAGCAGUUGACUCUGUCUACAGUUGCCAUCCAUGCUUUUGAGUCUAUAUUAGCUCUCUACUAUUGCCAAAAGUUGAAGCUAGAUUCAGGUGUUACAUGCUGCUGGAUGAUACAAACUCUUUUUAUGGGAAUUUUUUCUCUCCGUUUUCUUAUUUGGCCUCAGAGAGAAGAAAAGUCAGCAGGAAACUCUAAGAAAAACAAAUAAAGGCGGGGACAUUUAUAAUUUUGUAAAAUGUCUAAGUAAAAACAUUUUUUAUACUUGACAAAGUCUUACAAUAAAAUAGACUAGAUC